AUGCCCUCGUCCGCCUUCAACCCCUGCAUAUAUGACAUCGAGUGGAUCAUCCAUGUUGCCAGGCGUUGCACCACGCGUCACGUCAUGGCCAACCCCUACAUAUAUGACAUCAAGUGGAUCAUCCAUGUAAUCAAGCGUUGCACCACAUGUCACGUCACGGUCAACCCCUACAUAUAUGACGUCAUCAACUCCAUAUAUGACUUCAGUUGUUCCACCACCCAUGGUCUCAUCGAUACCAAACACCUUCACGAUGCCACUCACCUUCACGUCACCAGUGGUGGUGAAGGUGGCCGUGUUAGAGGUGGUUAUGUGAGUGGUGGAGGUGGCAGUGUUGGAGGUGGGAAUAGUGAUGAUAAUGGUGUUUGUGUUGGUGGCGGUGUUGGAGGUGGUAAUGAUGAUGGUGUUGGUGAGUGUAGAGGUGGUGGAGUUGUUGGUGGUGAUGAGGAUGAUGUUGGUGAUGGUGGUGGUGGUCUUGAUGGUGUUGCUGGUGUAGGAGCUUGUUGUGGUAAUGGUGAUGGUGAUUUUUGUGGUGUUGGAGGUGGUAAUGGUGAUAGUUAUUUUUGUGGUGUUGGAGGUAGUAAUGGUAAUUGUGUCGGUGGUGGUGUUUGA